CUGUUCUCAGGUUUUUGUUGCACUCUCUCCAACCUUACCAACGUGUAGAGGAGCUUUGUGCUGCAGACUGGCCCGUGGGCGGAAGAGAGAGUGAGGUAAAGAAAGGAAGAUGGGACAAGGUUAGAGGAUGUGAGGGAGGCAGAAUAAAGCUGAGGUACACAGAGAGAGAGAGAGACAUUGUGAGAGGAUCCAAAGUAUUUGACAGGCUGUCAUUUUCUCCUCUGGGUUGCAUCGCUGUGCAGAGCUUUGGUAGAAUCACAGAGAGCAGAGAAAGGAGAGGAUUUAUCAUCCAAACACACCUAAACACAAGGUGGACCUGUUCUAUAAGGUGCGUCACGUGAUGCUGGAGCUGCUGGACCUGAGGAGGCAGAUGCUGUCGGGUCACCUGACGCAGGAGCAGAGCCGAGACGUGAAGAGACACAUCACUGUGAGGCUGGACUGGGGCAACGAACACAUGGGUCUGGACCUGGUGCCCAGGAAGGAGUUUGAGAUGGUGGAUGAAGACCAGAUCAGCGUGUCAGAUCUUUAUAAGAUGCACCUCUCCAGCAGACACAGCGUCCAACAGAGCACCACACAGGCUGAUGGUCGGGGUCAGAGACACGGUGAGCCCUGCAGAGUGCCGGUGCCUCACCACCUGCUGGUCAACCUGAAGAGCUUCACCUACAACAGCAUCGGAGAGGACACGGACAUCUUCUUCUCUCUGUACGACCUGAGGGAGGGCAAGACCAUCAG